CUGCCCUCAACAAGGAAAUCAAUCUCUUGUGCAUAGCGAAGUGAUUUAAACAGCUCUCUUCGGGAUGUAUUAGGUUUGAUGUCCUUUCCUACUUUUACUGAGACGAAAUUGAAGGAUCGGUCAAUCAUCGUUGUAUAUUGCCCUGCAAAAUUUAUCAAACUUGGGACAAGAAAAAUUCCUUUACAUUCAAAGUAACUACAUGGCAAUUUUUUCUUCCGCCGGUCGAUAUUCGAGUUCGUCUGUUCAAAUUCUGCGGAUAUACAAGUGGCUGAAACAACGCUGAACUACUUAUACAUAAGAUCAUAGAGCAACUUCGCUUCAGCUUUUGUCAAUCAAAUAAGUGCCUUUCUGACAUAAAAGCGGCCUGCAGUUAACGCAAUUUAUUACAUCGAGCUUUAAUCGACAGCAGAGCUAGCUCUCUGUCUUCAAUUAAUCAUACCAAUUAAGGAAACCGAGUCUCCAUGCAACACGCUGCAGACCCUCCAAUAUGGGUAAGUUCUUGAUUGUGCCUUUGUUUAAUACUUCUUGGGUAUAGAGCUAGAAAAAUUAUCGUAUAUUGCUUCUGCAAGCAUUUCUCUUACUAUUUCCGGGUGAAGUGAGCCAUGGCCUUAUGUGUUAUUCCAGAGUAUCAAUGCUUUAGAAACUUCCCGUUCCAGAGAAGUGGCAUGCGAAUGAAAAUAUUUCUUGUAUAGUUAAGAGGUGUGAGCUUAAGAAUUGUAAAAUCUUUUUCCGCUUGCUAUGUUUGGUUAUUUAUUCUGUUUAUUUAGAAGACUUCGAUUUCGUUGUCCACAGAUUGCAAGCGAGAAUUACAAUGUAAUAAACUUUUCGGUUUAUUUGCCCUUCAACAAUAUCGCAAUUUGAAGCUAAUCCAAUUUACUUGGAUCACUUUUCUUUCAGUCUGGAUUGUCUUGCAUUGUCACGUUUCCGUCAAAUAUACCCCAAAUAAUCACACACAAAAAAAGGUUAAAAUAAUAGAGAAGAAGGGUAUAAUUUAAAUGACAAUUUACGUAAAUUACAGGAAAAUUUGGCUCAUAACGAAGUUCAACAGGCUCUCCUCCCAAGGAUCUAAAUAUAAUGCAAGCUCUUUUUCGUCUGUUAUUUGAAGCGUUCAAUCUCCUGUUCUUUGAUUUUUUUUCUCUGCUCCUUUCUCUUUCUGGCCUCAGAAGUUUUAGAUUUUGAGCCAAUGUGGUAAGCACCCCGGUACUUAGCAAAUGCUUUGUCUAAAUCUUCAAUCAAGCGAUCAACAUCCUUCUCGAUACUAGAUGUUACAUAAUAACGUUUGUCAUUAUUGAAGCUGUGAUGGCAGCUCAGUCCAGUUUUGAGUUUACCAGUGUGGUGGGAGGGGGGGAAGGGGUUUUCAUAUACUCGCAUGAGCCCACAAUUCUAUUGGGUUAACUGCCGGGCACCCACUUAAUCAGUUUCAGUAUCUGCAUUGAGCAGAAGAAACUAUCGCGAAAAUCUCUGCACGAAUUUAAGUAUAAAAAAUCUUCUCCCGGAAAAGAAUGCGCGAAAAAGCCCAAAGCGGAUUCAAAUUAUUCUCGGUUCCCUGGCAAUUUAAUGUCCACAUGACAGUAUGUUUUGAAAAUUAUAGGGGCAGGAGCACUUAAACUAUACAGUCAAAAGUCGUUAGAGAGAACUUUGGUCGCCACGUUAAUUAUUUUUACCGUCAAUGAAUAACUACUUUGACGUCUCUUAAUGCAUUUAACACGAGGUGUAUAGACAAAGGGUGAAAGGUGAUUGAAAAAUACAUUGGAAUUCCACUUCACAAGAGGGAUAACAAUAUCAAGAAUUUUAACGAUGAACAGAAUCACAGCUUUGUGAUAUUUAUGAUAAUAAACAAAACUAGCAGCCACCUCAAUUUGCUUCUGCAAUAGAUACUAUAUUCGUUACAGAUUAUCCCGUCCAGCGGAGCCUGGAUCCGAGUCAUCAGCUGACAGAGAGUGAUAUCAACGAAAGUCAGCUCCCGGAGCAGAUUGGCCUUAAAUGGAAAGACCUUGCUAGAGAACUAGGUUUCCGUCAGAGUACCAUAAAUAUUAUCGAAGAAGAAAAACGUCACAUUACUAAGGAAUGCUGCGUAGAAUUUCUUGUACAGUGGAUACAUAACAAGGGAACAGACGCUACAGUUGGAAAAUUAAAAGAGGCUUUAGAAAGGAUAAAACUCAAGGACGUGGCUGAAAAUCUGAUCAGCGGUAAGCAAGAGAGAGAUACCGAAGUUUCUGUUUUUUAAAUGAGUAUCAUGUCAGUUGGCGAACGAAUUGCAGGCCAAUUUCUUGCAAAUUAAGCAUUUUUUGCUACUGGUGUGAUCUUUCUGCUUUGACUGCUUAGAAGUGUCAUAGUUUCUCACGGCAGUUCAAUCAGUUCUACCACAGCCUCUAGACCCUUUUGUAACUGGGAGGCAAUCUGGUAAGAUAUUCCUCUUAGACUGGUCAUGCUCAACAUUCAUUUUUGUCUGUUAAUAAUUUGCUUUGUAGUUCUGUUUUUGAACAAGGGCGUUUUAAUGCCCUCUGUAAAUUAUUUCCGAUUUGUAGUAGUUGAGAGAUCAAACUUCGUUUUUAUAUUGGCCAACCUGAAACCUGGGUUGAUUGAUCUAAUUCCAAAUAAUGCGAGUUCCAUCAAAAAGACUAAAUAGCCACUCUUUGCAUGCUUACAAUCUGUUCACUUUGCUUUCCAUGUUCGUCUUUGUCCACCAAAAUGCUUCUUCUCAGCUCGCCUCAUAUAAAGUAUAACUCAUGAAAGUCUUGGAUUCUAGAUUGCACGCUGUGAAUUCCAGAUUUCUUGUCAGUCAGUGGAACUUGAAAGCCGGAUUCCAAUCGUUAACGGGAUUCCGGUUUCUUUGUGCUGAAUUACGGAUUCCAAAGCCCAGAGUUCCAGUUUCCACUUGCAAAAAUUUUCCGGAAUACGGAAUCAGGAUUACCAUAAUUCUGGGAGUAAUUCAGCCGUAUUCACAAUACGUACGAAGGAGCUGGGAGAUUAUCAUUAAUUAAAUGCGCAGGAUUUUAAAUAGAAUCGCAUAAUUGAAUAAAAUCUCGCACUCUGAUUGGCUAACGAAGCGGGGUAUUUGUAUCGGUAAUAGCAUGAUUUGUAGUGAUAUUUGGCAUAAAUACCAUGAGUGAUAUUUCGAAAUUGUUAUACGUAAUUUCACGAGCCGUUAGGAGAGUGAAAUUUGAGACAAUUUUGAAAUAUCACGAGUGGUAUUUAUGCGAAAUACCACGUACAAAUCAUGCUAUUAUUUGUUUAUACUACUACCCACAAAAGGUUUGUAAUUUUCACAUGUAGGUAUUUCAAAUUAAGCCGAAAUACCACUGCUCUAAGCCAAUCAAAUUGCAGAAAUUUCUCAUGUAGUAGUAUAAAGCGUGGAAUUGCGAGUUGAAAACGAGGCUAAGUGAUAUUGUUUCGCACUUACAUAUACUUAAAACAACUAUCGUCACAUUGUAACACAACAACUGAAAAAACGUUUUUCUACAAUGUCAUGUUAAAUUAAAAUGUUUUCAAAACCAUUGUCAGCUUUUGAAGAGCCAAAAACAAACAAAAGCGUUUUUCAACGAAAUGACAGUUCUGACAGUUGACUGCUUUCUGGAGCGCGCGCUCAAGAUAAAAACAAACAAUAUUAUUGCUGUUUCUUCUUCUUCUUCUUCUUCUUUUUUUUUUUUAUUCAGUUUUGCGAUUCAGGGAAAUCCAUUACCUGACUCGUGAAUUCCGCGUUAAAUUGCACUUGAAAACAGAUAUCUCGGUUUUCGCGUGCGAUUUAGCGCGGAAUAGACCUUGUCACGGUUUUCGACGCCAUCUUGACGAGAAGGCAAACGCGUGAGAAAUUACAGUGUAUGUAUGAGAAUCUAGUCUCGAAUAAUUUACGUAAAACGUCUGUUUUGAAAAAAAUAUGAUUUGUAAACUAAAGCUUCACUCUUAAGGAUUCUACUGAAAACAUUUGAGGGUGUUACAUGCGCUACAAGACCUAGAACUAUUUUUUAAAAUGUCUAUACAUUUGUCUGUAAAAAUUUCCCGGGAAAAAUUGCAGACAAAUAUAUGGAAAAUCUAAAGCAAGCUUCUGGAGAAAUUUAAGCACAGUAACAGCCCCCAAAAUUUGUUAGUAAAAUCCUUUGCUGUGCAACUUUAGUUUACAAUUCAUAUUUUUUUCCAGAACAGCCAUUUUACGGAAACCCGCGACAUUGCAUUCUCAUACAAACACUGUAAUUUCGCGCGUGUUUGGCUACUUGUCAAGAUGGCGUUGAAAACCGUGACAGGGUCUAUUCAUGAGUCAGGUAAUGAAUUUUCCUAUAAAAUUCUGUAUGCAUGCUGCAAGUCAUUUUUAGCAGCGAUCUUGCUUUAAUACCAUUUAUAUUUUAUGGGUGAUUCCAAAACAUGGCACUUCUGUUCCCUAAACACUAAAAAAUACCUUUGGAUGCUACAGCAUAAGGCAGCUCGCUUGCUUGACUUAACCAUUGUGACUGUCACAGAUAUCGGCGAAUGAUCAUGUUUCAGUUUAAAGUAACAAUGUGAAGUGUUGUUGACGACUCAAUGUCAUUCUUAUUCUGAUCAGGACUCGGCUGCUGCUGCUGUCAAAGAUUAAGAACUGUGAAUACUGAAGAAUCAAACACGCCAUAUCAGGUAGGUUAUUGUCAAUUCUAUGGUGGUCUAGACUUGCUUUAUAGAGAGAGUUCAAGAAAAGCGUUUUUAACUAAUAGGUGAAGCAACGCCAGUAGCUUAAAAGGGACAUUUUGCUGGAAUUUGUUGGUACAAGUUAUCUCUCCCGCACAGUAGAUCCGCGGGCCAAAUGGCAAGAAUGAUAUAAUUUACAGCCCACCACAGCGCCAGAAGGACCUGAAACUUACGAUUCCUGCUUCUCCUUCUUUUUUUAGAUCAACAGAUGUGAUAGGAUGAUUUGUGAACUGAGUGACAAACUAAGAGCCAGCUUAAAAGAGGUAAACAAAAUUAUAUCGUAUACAUGGGAAGAAGUAAGAGAGUGACCGGCCAAAGAGUAUAACAUGAUGUUUCCGCUUUUCUUCCAGUUUAACAAAUGAAAUGACGCAAUACAUGUGAACUGAUAGAUGAAACAAGCGAGCAACUUCGAUGUAGGCUGUGUCCACACGAAUCCAGACUUUUUUGAAACUACAUAUUUUGUAUUCAAAUUCGUUUGGAAGGGGCCUUACACCGCUCUGGGGAGCGGUCUCAAAACAAUGUGGUUUUGGUGAGCGCAUUCGUUGGUUUCGUGUGGGCAGAAGGCCGAUUCGUGUAAAAAGUGUGCAGUUUCAAAAAUGUCAGGAUUCGUGUGGACAUGGCCUUACCUCACGGGAAGAGGAAUAAAUAUCGCUAAUAGCAAUUGAUUAGUUAUGUUGAUAAUUCAUUUGCUGAAUAGCAGAUUCCUUACCAGUCCUUUUUCACUUAAUGAAGGUUCGUUUUAGUUUCUUUUGUUUGUUUGUUUGUUUUUUUUGGUAGGUUUCAAAAGUGGAAGCCCAAUUCAAAGCCCUAGAGUUAGAGCUUUCAAAAGAAAGACAAAUGCGCCAGGACAAAGAACAAGAAGUGGGUCAACUACUGUUUUAUUCCUCUAGUCAUACCAGAUACUUCUUUAACCGUCUCCGAACACGGUUGAAUGACUGUUUGACGUGUACUUUAUUUUUGCUGAUUCUUGGUCUUGCAGGUUUCACGACUGAGCACUAGAAUUGCGGAAUUAGAAGGAGAGCUUUCAAUUGCCAAUCAAAAGGGCCAUGAUGAGAACGACACUGAACAACAUGUGAGUCAACUGUCUGUUUAGUUUUAAAACAACUGCGCGCGAGGCUGUGGCACUUCUUGUUUUUAUUUCUUCUUCUAGUUGUGUAUCUGUCAAAUUUCAAUAUGCAUUUUGCACUAAGUCGUACCUCAGAAAUCCAAUAAAUAGGAAACGGGAAAAAGCAAAAAUUCCUUCGAGUCUACGUUGAGCUAAAAUAAAACAACCCAAGCACUAAGGGGUUAACUUGGUUAUUUCCUCUUAUUUAAUACACCUGCAGAUUAGUUUACUGUUAAGAAAAUGUAAUAUAAUGUUUCUGAAUAUCCGGGUCCUAUAUACACAGACCCGUUGAAAUAUGGAAUUAACAAGACAUUAUUCCCUGAAUUCUUACGCGUUCAAUUUUUCAAUCAAUAUUCAGCAAAGUGAUCUCUCGACUGAUUCAGACCAGUUAGAGCAUCGCGUUGAUGUUCAGUUAAGAAACAUCAACGACCAGCUUCACACAUACGUCACAUCCCCCCUGCAAGUACAAGAAGUGAAACAAGAUCAACUAAGAACAGCAGUAAAACUUGAUCUGCUGACAAAACUUAGCGAGCGGUUACAAGAGCUUUACACGGAGGCUCUAGGUAUGGUUAAAGAAGCCGGUAAAUGUAGCGAAGAUUUAAGGAAAGACUUCUAUGACCUUGCCUACCACGGGCUCAGGGCGGAACAUUAUGAGCUGGUCCACAGAGUCAAGGAUCUCAAAUCUGCCCAGCAGGAGAUGUCUGAGGAGGAAAAGAAGGAAUUUGACAAGCUGCAAUCAUAUCAGAGGGGCAGACAAAGCCAGGUCGACCAAUUAGAUAAACUAUGGAGAUAUCUCUUUACCCCGGUAUGUAUAAUGUUAACUAUCCUCCAACAUAACCAAAUUAACGGUUUGACUUUUAUUUUAUUUUAUUAAGCAUUAAUAGUUUUAGGUCCUGUUAAAGAAAAAAAAAACAACAAAAAAAGGACACUGGAAGACUGAAAGGCGGACACUUUUAAUAACUUGUAAUUCAUUUGGCGUAAUGGAAGCUUUUUCCAAAAGGCGAACAAAUCUCAGAACACUACUGAGGAUGGGUUGAGUCGAAUAAGAAUUUGACUAAUAAUCUCUUUUUCCUUGGCCCUUAAAAUCCACACUUUAAUGCUUCAACGAGGCCUUAAAAAUUGUGUUCUUUUUAAGGAACACAAAUAAUUUAAAGAAUUUAUUCCUGCCUUUAAUAGAAAGGAAUUCCACCUUCGAAUACGACUCCAAUACAGUGAAGUGAAGAAUACCGGAAAAGUUUCGGGCGAUAUUCAUUCCACAGAAAAUUACCAACAUUUAAGUGCAUAAUUGCCGAUUGUUUGCGAAAAAAGACUUCUUCUUAUUUUUUCAGAACAGUUAAGGAACUGUUUUUCUUUUCAAGAACAAACCCAAAACUGGUAUUGCUUAGGAGUCUCGAGCUAGAUCGAACAAUUAGUAUCCUCCAUAUUACAACUUCAAUUCAUUUAGCAAUGAAACAGCUGUGAGCGUAAAUUCUCCGUUAACUUGCAGCCUGAUCGCCGCCAGAAGACAGCAAUGUCAGCAGAUCCUGUGGGUCAGAACAAGCCAAGAGACGGUAAAAAGGUGGAUAAAGAUUACUUUAAUUUAGUUUAAUUCGAAAGAAAUUUGCACAGGGUAGCAGAAGGAAUAAAAAAAAUUGCACGGCCUAAUGGUCAUCCUUCAGGCGUGCUUCACGAUUCGUUUAUUCAUUCGAUUGUUUGUUCGUUCGUUCCUGCAUCAAUCCAUUCACUCCUUCCUUCCUUUCUUUCCUCCUUCCUUCCUUCAUAUAUUUAUAUUCAUUCGUUUAUAACUAGUCAGCCACUCGUUCAUCCAUUCAAUUCAGUGGCCUCGCAACGUGAAGACACAAAAGUUGUUGUUGUUGUUGUUCUUCUUCCUCCAUUUUAUCGUUUUACAUGACAACGAGUCUAAUUAUUAAUGUCUGAAGAAUGACUUUGUAUACGUUUGCAAGGCCACGAGAUACACUGACCCUGGCGACGUAUGCAGGAAACCUAAAGGGCGUGGAGAAGAUAGAGGAUCUGAAACGUCUUCAACUUCCAACGAUGGCAAACCAGACGAAGAGUCACGUUUGAAUGUAAGUAUUCCCUCAUUUCAUAAUUUUUCAGUACCUCUCCCCUCCUUCCCCCGUCUUGGGCAGACCACCCCUUCCUUUCAUACUUUAUUUGAGCCCAGAGUUUUCUAAAUAGAAGGUCCCUCCAAGAGGCUUUUGACGAUUUAUCAGCAACUUGUGUUCAAAACUUGCAUGUCAGACUUUGUAAGGUUGCUAGGCUGACAAUUGCAUGCGCAGUGACUGUAUCAUCGAAUUUCUUUUGUCUGACGAUCUCAGUAUACUAUUUGCUCCACUAACCUAGUUUUCAGGACUUUUCAAAAAUUUUGGCAACUCAUCAUAAACUUUUUGUGAGCGACAAUUUUUCUGAUCGACAUAUGCGUGCAAGGGGAGAACAAAUUAAGUCACGAAAGAGGUUCCAAAACUGAAAUUUUCGUCAUUUUUUGUCUUUUUCCUCUCCAUGCUCCUCAUGCACAGGAGCCAUCACCUGAUGAUACUUUUCCCCCAUGUUCACACGGUGUGAGUCGUGAUCUUACAAGUUUUGAUUGCAUGAGCUUGUGCACUGUCCGCAAACAGUAAUGUUGUUUCUAUUAGCACAUUACUUAGUGUUUUGGUUUGAGCUCUAGUCACUCGAUUAUUUUUUUGUUUCAUAUCACUGAAUGCACAAUACAGUCCACUAAUAAGCGAACAUUUAUUAAGCGCGGUCACCCUCCUAUUAAACGGUAACGUAACGAGAUGUAUCGUACUAGUGGUCUUUUACUUCCUUUCUUUUGGCGCAAGAUGAUCGGGUAGAAACACUUUCAGGUCAACUUGUCGUGGGAUACAUCUACUUUCUUGGAUAACUCAGGUUUUUCAAACCUGUAUUACACUGUAAGGUCAUUCAUCUGAAAUGGAUCCUACAGUGAAUUUUUUUUUCAAACUUUCACUACGUAAAAUUUAGUACAUAUAAACUUCAGAAAUCAAAUAAAAAAUGGGGGUCUCCUUGCUAACUAUUAAGAUAUAAAGGAUGCAAACGCCCCCAUCCUGAGGGUAUUUUCGCCAAUGUGCUUUCGCAAUUUGCAAAGUCGAAAAAAAAGAUUCAGACAUGCAAGUAACAUAAAAAAGGUUGAUGUAGAUAGCACUCUUAGAUGUAAGCAAGUUUGUGAUCUUUCAUGAGUUUCGCUGCUCUCUUCAACAACCUCAAAAUCCCCUCCCCCCUCCUUUUCUUUAAAACCUCUUCGCUGAUAUCUCUCGUCGUUUAAUUUUUACUUCUUUAACCCUGCGGAAACAGCCUCGUUUGUCUCUUGGCCGAUCUCCGAGGGAAAUGGCCGCCAUCUUGGAAAUGUUGCAAAUUACUCGCAAUUAGGGUUGGUGUCAUGCGCAGAGCAAAACAGGGACAUGACCUUAAGAGGUCGGGUAAGCCGUUCCCCAAGGGUGCCCGCUUAUCAAAGGUUUCACUUAAUACUGCCGAUUUUCGGUGUUGGUUUCUUGGUAGGCCUUGGUCACUGAAUACUUGUGGCGGAGCUCUCCCACGCGAAGCGCGCGCAGCGGAGCACCAUGGGUAAAAAAAUUGGGUAAUCUAUGCAUCCAAGAAAUUUAGGUUGUGAGAAAAUCGUCCGUUCGGAGUACGUCCGUACGUAAGUUCACCCCUUCAUGUAAGCUGAAGUGAAAUUUUGCAUUUCAAGUACCAGCGCGUUUCGGCAGUAAAAUCGCGUAGCCAUCUGGACUUUUAGAGAUUAAAAACAACGACAACGAAGCCGAUCCUUUCUUUCGACUUAAUUUUAAAGUCUUCAUUGGCGUGGAUAACAGUGAAAGAGCUAGAGCCAGAGAUAAAAAAUGCAAAGAAGACCAAUUUCGUUGAAGAAUAACAUGAAAAUUUUAUAGUGGCUGUGAGAAAAUGAGAAAUGCUAGCGGCCACCAAAGUAAAAAUGAGCGGCAGCAAAAAAAAGUCAACAGGACCACAUACAAAAUUUCCGCCAUAAAACGUGUAACUAGGAAGUUUUUGGGAGUUUCACGUUGUCGUCGUGCAAAACAGCGGCAAAGAAAUGUACAAAAAAGUGUGCUACAAGUGAAAAAAAGUUGUUUUUGUUUUUGCUAAUUAGACCUAUUUUUUGUUUUUGUUUUUUUUUUGUUUGUUUGUUUGUUUUCAUUGCCGUUGCCGUCGCCGUCGCCGUUUGGUUAGCAUUACACGAUUUUAUAUUUUGUUUCAGUAAACUAUAGAUAUUAACGAGAGCUUCGCUUUUAGCCCUGGCUAAAUCUAUAUAUUAUUUUGGUGUUCUGACUAGAGUGAAAGGUGGAGCAUUGCUAAUGCCCUAACCAAUGAAAUCUAAGGAGAAAGAUAGGGGAGGGGGCGUUAACCACGCACUUUUUAGCCAUAAUUAUAUUAAUACCACCACAUAAUUAUUAUAUUUAUGUGUUUCAAACUGCGCUGUCUCAGAGAUAUUUGAGCGAAGAGAUGAUAUCAAAAAGUUCGAAAGACAUGAAUAUAUUGAAAUAACCCAUGAUCAGAUUCUCUUUUCUUGUAUAGCUAAGAGCUGGGCAAAACAGCUUUAAAAAUCGCUUAAUGUUACAUAAACCAUUAUCUUUAGCUUGAGGGAGAUAAUCGUUACCUGGAUGCCUUUCUAAAAAUUGACUGAAUGUUUUAUUUUUCUUUAGCUGAGGAAAAUGAAGUCAACGGUCGACUCAGUCAUUCAAACCUUUUCUAAAAAGAAGGACAGUGGCGAGAAACAGAUGCGGAAUUGCUGAUUAUUAUUUGUACCAAGAAAAAUGAGAAUCUAUAUUGGUUCUGGUUUUCAGGUUCAUUUUAUUUAACUCGGUAGAAUAUGCACAUUUUUGUAGAGAGACAUUUUUGUAACGUCAGUUAGUCGAGAUAUCAAGAAGUUAGACUUGUCGAUUACAUUACAAACUUGUACAAAGUUAGAACGUUUGACCCUCUUGCAGCGAACAUUCUCUCUUUGUGUUACAGGCUCGAAAUAGGGUUCCGUUUCCGCAGGAGAGAAAUUACUAUAAGAACCCAGAUUUAACGUCACUUUGCUAGUUCAAGAAUAACAAUUUCUUCGGAUUUCAUUAAUUGCUAAAUUUUGCGAUUUUUUUAAAAAAUAUGUGUUAUAUUCGCACUUGCAAAAUUAGGGAAGGGUGAAUGUCUUUAAUCUUGUGCGUUUAAGUGUUUUUUUUUCUGCAAAAUUUAGUAAAUAAUUACGAUGAUAAU